CAAACCAAAAAUGUCUGCCUAAGGGAAACUCGUAACUGAUAUAUAGAGGAUAUUCAGCCAGCCAUUGCCGUUUAAACCCACAUUUCGCUCUUUUUGAGGCGUGUGGCCAGAAAGCGAGUCUUCACCAGAUCACCCUAGUCGGGAUUUGAAUCGGAAAAAGGUCUCUAGAUCGCCAGGAUGAAUCCUCAGCAGCGGAUUGCCGCUCUCGGAACAGACAAGGAAUUAAGUGACCUGCUGGAUUUCAGUGCGAUGUUCUCUCCUCCUGUGAGUGGAGCGAAGAACAGGCCCACCACACUGGGAAGCAGUCAGUUCACUGCAUCAGGUCUGGAGGAGCGGACCAGCCAAGCGUCCUGGGCCCCAGGUGCUGAGACCAGUCCCCCCUAUGAGUCCUCGCGGGGUUUCGCUGACAGCCCUCAUUACAGCGAUCAUUUGAGUGACAGUCGAUUAGUGUCUCAUGAAGGAUUGUCCCCAACACCUUUCAUGAACUCCAACAUAAUGGGUAAAUCAGAGAGAGCUCCGUUUCCUGGCUUCGGGAGGAAUCCUGGAGCGGCCAGCGGACAGCCUUCCUCUGGGAGGUCGGAGGUCGGGUUGGCGAGUCCGAGUCCGGGGACUCCGUCGGGGAAGUCGUCUGCUUCUUUCUACUCCUUCACUGCAGCCAAUCCCAGGAGACGCUCGCUACCGGAGCCCUCGCCCGCCGAUCCUCAAACAAAGAAGGUUCGCAAGGUCCCUCCUGGCCUGCCUUCAUCUGUGUACGCACCGUCUCCAAACUCAGAAGACUUCAACAGAGAUUCACCUUCUUACUCGUCUCCUAAACCCUCCAGCAGUAUGUUUGCAAGCACUUUCUUUGACGGUACCCACAGUUCGUCUGACCCGUGGAACUCGUCCAAUGGGAUCAGUCAGCCCGGCUACGGGGGAAUGCUCGCCGGAUCUUCAUCUCACAUGCAGCAGUCAGGAAACUACAGCAGCCUGCACGCACACGACCGCCUGAAUUACCCCGCACACUCCGUGUCUCCAGACAUCAACUCCAGUCUUCCUCCCAUGUCCAGCUUCCACCGGAGCAACUCCAGCACUUCACCAUUCGUCACCGCGGCACACACCCCCAACGCCAGCGCCGCCGACCCCGGGGUCAUGGCUGCUGCUAACCGGGGGAAUGCCACUGGAAGCUCCCAGACCGGAGACGCACUGGGCAAGGCCCUGGCCUCGAUUUACUCCCCCGACCACACCAACAGUAGUUUCCCCUCCAACCCGUCCACACCGGUCGGUUCUCCUUCACCUCUGACGGCCCCAGCAGGAGCUGCCUCAGCGGGGACCGUGGUGACUGCUGCCGGUCCCCCGACUGGAAGGCCAGGUACCAACCAGUGGCCCCGGGCCCCCGGACAGACCCCCUCCUCCCCCAACUAUGAGAACUCCCUCCACUCCCUGAAAAACCGAGUUCAUCAGCAGUUACAUGAGCAUCUCCAGGAUGCCAUGUCUUUCUUAAAGGAUGUCUGCGAGUCUCGGAUGGAGGAUCGUCUGGACAGACUGGAUGAUGCAAUCCUGGUCCUGAGGAACCACGCCGUGGGCUCCACCGCCAGUCUGCCCGGCGACAUCCACAGCCUGCUGGGACAGGCUCAGAACGGGCCAAUCGCAGCUCUCGGAGCUAACUUCCCUGCUUCUGCAUUGGCUCCGAGCCGGACAGCAGCGAUGGCUGGAGGCCACGCUGAUGAUGCUGCCAGCCUCAACAACAGCCACGGAGGUCUGGCCAGCUCCACAUCCACGUCCACCGCAGAACUCAACCACCAACUGGAGACAUUCAGAGGUCUUGCUUCAGCCUUGUCGGGACAUCUGCCCUCCACCCUGGAGCUGAAGGUGGAGAAACAGGACAAAGACGACAUGAACGAUAAUCUCUCCAACGACGACAAGUCAGACGACGAGAGCGACAGGAAAGAUAUGAGGACACCCAGAGGAGGAACACGCACCAGCAUCACGGAGGACGAGGACCUGAACCCGGAGCAGAAGGCGGAGCGGGAGCGAGAGCGGAGGAUGGCCAACAACGCCCGCGAGCGUCUGAGGGUCCGAGACAUCAACGAGGCCUUCAAGGAGCUGGGGCGCAUGUGUCAGCUGCACCUGAAGAGCGAGAAGCCGCAGACCAAACUCCUGAUCCUGCACCAGGCCGUAGCCGUCAUCCUCAACCUGGAGCAGCAAGUCAGAGAGAGGAACCUGAACCCCAAAGCAGCCUGCCUUAAGAGACGGGAGGAGGAGAAAGUGUCGGUGGGCUCCGGAGACGGCCAACAAGGCCACACGGGGGUCCACCAGGGUCUGAGCGACACAUCCAACCCCAUGGGACACCUCUGAGCUCAGACAGAUCAAAGUGAUCCACAUCAUUUCUGUCCCGUCGGAGGAGAACAACACAAUCCAGCCUAAAGACUGAAGAGGAGCCCAGCCUCCACUUUCCAUCUGCAAAUUUCUCCCCACGAUUAUAAAAAAAACAACAUAAACCAGCAGAUAUGACUGUCUGCUAGCAGUGCUGCUGCUGGUGAACAAUCAGAGACGGAUCUCCUCCUCCGACCGACCGGCCGGCCGACGGGGGAAAGUUGCCUUGUGCCUAAACUGAAUUGACGAAUGCAUUGUAACAGCAAUUUUUUGUUUGUCUUUGUUUCUUUUUAUUUUCUAUUUAUUAUGUUAUUGAGCUAUAAAGUGUAUGUCUAAAGGGAAAGUUGAGUAAAUUCAAAGAGAAGUAACGCAGCUUGUCAGUUGAUCUAAAGUUUGCCAGAGUCUCUCCACCCUGCUAUGAUUUAACCUUUUUUCAGCACUGAAAGAUUAAUUUAUUGGCCAGUUUAGAGCGAUAUUUAUACCCCCGACUAAAAAAAUCUUUAGCCUAGUCUUUUAGUAAUGAGGGCCCCAUUUGAAGAAAAAAACCAGAUAUAUUAUUUAUAUUUAUAUUUUAUACAUUCUGCCACUGUAACCAAAACUACCUAUGUUUGUUUCUGUGUAGUUUAGAUUAGUUUCUGCAGAAAAAUCGGCCGACGUACGACUAUAAUAUGUCCAGAGAGGUGACAGACUGAUGGCGAACUCUAGGUUUACUGAAAGCUCACAUGUGUAGAUGUUUUUGGGUUUUUAACCCUUUGAUGAACAACAUAAAAACACCUUUUAAUGCACAACAUGGAUCAAAAAUGGGUCGAAAAAUCAUCCAAAUUUGAUUUAAAAUUAAAUGGCCUAAUACUAGAGUAAUAGCAAUUUGUUUCAAAUAGUUACUUUAGCAGUAAGAGAGGCCAAACACUCAUAUAUUUAAUAUAUUUAACAUGUUUAUGUAUCAUUUUGUCACACAUAUAGGCUACAAUGUAUCUGGAAGCAAAUUUUUUUACGUUUCAGCCUUAUUCCAAAAUUGAUUAAAUUCAUUUUUCCUUAAAAUUAGACACACAAUACCACAUAGUGAAUUUUUUUACCCAUACAAAAGGGGUUUUUAUUCAAAAAAUUAACAAUUUGAGUAUAUGUGUAACUAUGUUUGUCUUAUUUUGAAGGUUUAACUUUAAAAGAGUUGUUAGAACCACCAGAUUACAUUGGAAAAUCACAUAUUUUAACAUUUGAGACUUAUUAGAGCCACCAAAUAAUAAUUUCCAUUGGAAAAAACACCAAUUUAACAAAAUAAGAUAGUUAAUAUUUGUGUCUUCUUUGUCAGGUUUUAAAUUGGUGUCAACAUAUAAACACCUUCUAAUGCACAACAUGGGUCAAAAAUGACCUUGUGCAUUAGAAGCGUAGUGAUAAAAAAAGGAUUUUUACUCAAAAAGUAAGAAAUGAAAACAAAAAAUUAGGAUUUAUGAUGAUCAUAAACAAGUUAUUUGAGGAAAACCUGCAAUACUGGAAGAUGAAAUUAAUUUAUUGCAAAGAUAUAGAAUAUAAAAACUCAGUCGGGUCACUUUAGACCAUGUUGUGCAUCAAAGGGUUAAUCCUCAGUAGUGAGCAGUGAAAAUACAGAGAGCAAACUGUUUGCAGACCUUUUAGCAUUCCCUGCAUAUUUUUUAGUGUCUUAACUAAAAUAAAGGGGACUCCGUGGCCCUUCCCUUUGCCAUAUAGUGUUAAAUAUAAGCAGUGACAUGUUUUAUUUUUGCAGAUUCUGGUCUUUUUUCAGCCUCCUGACACUUACAAGUGGCUUGUUUUUGUCAUGUUUCCACCAGCAGCUGAUCAGAGAUUCCUUCAUUAAGACGUAGUUAAAGAAAAACUAAGAAAAAACUAAGAAAAACAAAAAAAAGACUAUGACGACGACCACACGUUCUCCUGGCCUGAUGAACAACAUUUCAUUUUCUCAAGACAUUACAUUUCAAAAAACGCAGUUAUUCUGUUGUAGUUAUGCUUAUUUUGUGUCAUUUUCUGGCAACACUUUAUAUUAAGGUACACAUAUUCAACGUUAGCUGGUUAUUAGCAUGCAAAUUAGUAACAUUUUGGCUCUUAAUUAGUCAUUAUUAAGUAGUUAUUAAUGCCUUAUUCUGCAUGGCCUUAUUAAAAAAAACUGCUCAAACCAAUUAUUCCGUUAUUAAAAUAGUUGAUGAUUAAUUUAAUAAUCGAUUAUUUUUCAAUUAAUCGUAAUUAGUUGUUACGAUCUUAAUAUGCUUUAUAAUAUGGACUUUAUAAGGUGGUAGUUAUGUAGGAACAGACUAUAUUCA